CACUUUCAGCCGGAAGCGUUCUGUCAAAAGCUAAACCACGUGACAAAAUCUAGGACAAUUAGUACAAGGUAUAGUCAGGACCGUAAAAAUCAAAAACUCGAUUGUUUGACAGAAACAUAACUCACGAUUAAGGACUGCUCAUGUAGAGAGCUUUUAUAACUCACAUUUCUCUUGCUAUCGUAGAUUUUGCUGCGCGGUAUCGCCUUCUGAAUUAUAUCUAUGACAGAGUACCGGAUGUAAACCUACAGGGGCUUGCGUGUUUGUCCACACCUCGCUCCAUGUUUUGUCUUGAUUCAAGACCAGGAAGCGAGAGUUUGGUAUCUACAGGCUAACUGUAUCUUUAUGCGAUGAAGGCACAAAAGAAUCGGAAAACAUAACAUAAAUGGUUAUAAUUUGAUGAUUAACAACACACUGAAUUUAAGGAUUAGCAUCAUUGUAACUUACUUCGGAUACUGAGACUGUUAGCUAGCUUGCUAUUUAACCAUCUGGCAAGAUUGUCGCUCGCAAACAUUAGCAGUUAGCUAGCUACUGUUAGCAAGUUGGUGACUGCCUGGUGAUGGCUGUGGUACGUAGAGGUUGUUUCGUGGCUGGAUAUUUACUCAUAUUACUGUUGGCUGGGUGCAAAGCAAGGAUACACAAGCUCACUCUGAAGAAUGAAACACGGUUUGCCGUCGACCUCAACAACUUUGGUUUUUAUGCUAAUGGGACUCUGGAUGUCAACCUGAUUUCUCUGCGCCUCCCAGAACAGCUGGUGAACUACAGCACGCACCCUGUUGGUUUCAGCCUCUCCAGAUCUCGUGUGAAUGGAGUCUUGUCCUACACAGCAGAGGAGACAGAGAUAUGCCCGCUUACUCUCACAAAGUUGACCAACAAUGAGCCUCUCAUUCUUUUUCUUAUUGAUAUCAACACUCUCAGUGUCAAUGUGAGAGUUAUGGGUGACCAAGACAACCUCUUGAUAGCAAAGCCAAAGCCUGAAGCGCCUAAAGGUCAGAGGAAAACCAGGGAGAGUCCUGCUAAUCCUAACGUUGAACCAAAUGGGAAAACAACAUCAGACAAUGGGAACAAAAAUGCUAACGCCACAGAUGAUAAAUCGAAUAAGAAGGAAAAGGACAAUAAGUCUGUGGAUCAGAAGAAAGAAGAUCAGACAGAAGAAAAGUCACUGCCUGCAGUAGAAGCUGGGGAAGUGGAGAAAAAUGAAUUCCAUCUGGGGAAGAACAAUCAACUGACUUUAGCUUUGGACAAAGUUAAUGGCUCCUACAACUUCAGUUUCCACGUGGUGGUCGGCUUGCUGGCAGAGGGCCUGUACAGCCUCAAGUUCCACUACUGUCAAAACAGGUUGCCUGGAAUCAAAUUGCCCUAUUCAUUCACUGUGGAAGUGACGGAGAGGAAUCCAGACAGCUACCUGUCUGCAGCAGAAAUUCCUCUCUCUCGCCUUUACAUUGGUAUGGCUGGAGUCUUCUUCACUGCUGCCAUGAUCUGGGUGUACACACUCAUGAAGCACAGGUACAGCGUGUUCAAGAUCCACUGGCUGAUGGCAGCACUGGCCUUCACCAAGUCCACGUCAUUGGUUUUCCAUAGUAUUAACUAUCACUUCAUCAGCACGGAGGGGCAUCCUAUAGAAGGCUGGGCUGUCAUGUAUUAUAUCACACACCUGCUCAAGGGGGCUCUUCUGUUCAUCACACUGGCACUGAUUGGCACCGGCUGGGCUUUCGUUAAAUACAUCCUGUCUGACAAGGAAAAGAAGAUCUUCAUGAUUGUCAUCCCUCUGCAGGUCCUGGCUAAUGUCGCCUACAUCAUCAUUGAGUCUACAGAGGAAGGUUCCAGUGAAUACUAUCUGUGGAAGGAGAUCCUCUUUCUGGUCGACCUCAUCUGCUGCGGAGCCAUCCUUUUCCCUGUUGUCUGGUCUAUCCGUCAUCUACAAGAGGCUUCUAGCACCGAUGGCAAAGCGGCCAUGAAUUUGGAGAAGCUCAAGCUCUUCCGGCAUUAUUAUGUGAUGAUUGUGUGUUACAUCUACUUUACAAGGAUCAUAGCCAUUCUGCUCAAGGUCACUAUGCCUUUCCAGUGGCAGUGGUGCUAUGAGUUUCUGGUCGAGGUGUCUACUCUGAUCUUUUUUGUGUUGACGGGCUACAAGUUCCGACCAGCGUCCAAUAACCCCUACCUUCAGCUUCCCCAGGACGAGGAGGACGUAGAGAUGGAUGAAGUAGUGACUGAGUCAGGUGCACUGGAGGGUAUUUCCAAAGUCAAGAAAACGUGUAACGGACGCGAGCGCCAGAAAGAGUCCACCUUGUGAGCAGGAAGCUGCAUCUUUUGGUGGGGGGGGCACUAAUCAUCCCCAGGCCAGCUGGUAGAAAGGGAUGCACAUGGACCAAGGCUCCCAACCCCCCAGUUACAGCUUUCCUUUUGAAACUCUUUAAGUGGUUGCAGUGGUCGUGCCCACUGUCUGGCUAUGCAAAAAAAAAGACUAACUUUGUUGGACGCACUCCAUUUCCUCAGAACACCUCCACCCAGAAACUCGGAAUGGUUUCAGAAGGAGAUUGGCUACUGCCACAUAGUUGGGUGGAGAUACAGAAAGGAGCUCUGAUGUUCUCUAGUUUUAAUUUCUCUCUCUCUCUCUCUCUCUCUCUCUCUCUCUCUCUCUCUCUCUCUCUGUCUCUCUCCCCAAAGAUAAUUACCAUUUUAGAGAAAGACUUGCUUUCUGUUGUGUUUAUAUCGGCUAUUUAAUAUGGUACUUCUGCGAGCCUCUUAGCUGUACUUUUUGGUGUGAUGUGUGUACACGUGUGUGUGAAUGUGAUGAGACAACACAAGAUUUGGACAAAACAGUUUUUUCCCCUUCCCUUUGGAGACAAUGGCCCAUACUCAGGUAAAAGGCUAAUCAGUAUAUAUUUAAAAUUUAGGAAACAAUCUUAACGUGUUAUUUCUCUGUCCCACUAUUCAGGGGUCAGUAAUGUCCCAUCGCUCAUGAUACAACUUCAUCACCACAAAGUACAGUAUAUGUUACUUUUUCUCAUAUAUUUGGUUUGUAUAUUGAAAUAUAUGGAUGUAAGAGGCUGUAUAUUUCAAUAUAUUUACCUAUUGCAUAUUGAAAUGUUAUAUUUCAGUAUUAUUGUUUGUGUUGGAGAGGUAAGAGCUCCUCCCAGUCCGUCACAUGGGCUGCUACUGUAAUUUAGUGCUUUAGUGGUUGAGGUCAGCUCACGUCUGCGAAUUCAGCCCAGAUGGUGACAUGUGGACCUCUUAAUGAAUAAAGAGGUUUUUUGAUCAGUCUCUGAAAUAACCGGAGCAGUGGCCCUACAUGUGUUCAACGAUGGCCUUGUUUUUUUUUUUUUUUUUCCUUUUUGGCCAUGCUGUGCCAAUCUGGGCAGAGAAGUGGCCUAACUGAUCAUUAUUGAAUUUUUCUGCUUUUGGUUUUACCUUCUUGUUCUUGAUGUGAAGCUUAUUUUAUUAAUUAUUGAUGACUUAUUGGUGAAAGAUCAGAAACAUGUGCAGCCGGGCGUGGUAGGUGGCCAUUUGUAAAUAAUUUACAGAGGAAGACAGCUGAUACAAAACGAGGCACAUAACACUUUCAUAAGAAUUGCAUAGAGGCUUUAUAGACAGUGCUUCAGACAGUAAUGACAUAGGUUCCGUUUCAAUGAGAUUUUUUGAUUCCUUUUAAUAGAGGGGAAGAGUAAAUGUGAGGAAUCAAGGAAAGACUACUGAGAUUUAACCACAGACCUGGACAGGAGUGUCUGACAGAGCUACACAUUGUUUUCAGACUGUUAAUGUUUCUCCAUUCUCUGCUGGUUUCAUGCACCCAGUUGAGCAGAAAAGGUUUUGUGCUUGUUACAGAGGGCUGUUUGAUGUCUGUGAACUGUCACAAUAAAGCUGGUGUUCUGGAAAA